ACAUGAGAAGAUCAACAUUGACAUAUACAUGUAUAUAUGAUGAUAUAAGAUAUACUAGGUUAUCACAUGACUGGUUUUAAACUUCCCUGUGAAAAUACCAUAAUCCCUACAGUACGAUUUAUUGCAAAGUCGGAUGUAUAUAUUGAGACACAUCAACUAGAGCAAAACAAUAAAGAAAUAUAGAAACAUGCGUAAAAAGGUGCCUCUCGGAAGGUUAGAAAUAAAUGCAUGUGUGCUUAAAGGAGAUCUAAAAUUAGAGAAGUCUGAUAUUAUAGUAUGCGCUGCAAGUCCUGACCUUAACCUUUCAAAAGGAAGAGUGGCACGUGACUUAAUGAGAGCUGCAGGGAGUCAGGUUCAGCAAGAUUGUAACGAUGAUUAUCCUGAUGGUAUACAACAUAAUGAUAUAGCCGUUGUGAACGCGGGACAACUUCCAUGUCAACAACUUGUCUUUGUUGCUCUUCAACCAUGGGGAAAGGGAAAUCCUUUACAGGAUCUGGAGACGAUUAUUGAGAAGUGUUUACAGUUGGCUUGUGAUAGAGGAUAUAGUUCGAUAGCGUUCCCUGCACUAGGUACUGGGUUGUUGAAAUAUCCCGCCGUUAAUGUGGCACAAACCACAUUCCAAUGCAUUGAAGACUUUAGUAAUCGAAACACAUCUACAUCUUUGAAGUUUGUAAACAUUAUAAUAUACUAUAAGGAUCAUCGUACAUAUUCAUGUUUCGAGAGAGAAGCUAAAUCAAGAGCCCCCGACAGGAGAAGAGCAAGACUAUUUUCGGUACCAAGAACAUUGGAAUGCGACAACAACAGUGAUGCACCUAGCUACUGGUCACAAAGAUCUAAUUCAAGAGGUUCUCUUCGUGUUUACUUUGGACAAAAAAACCUUAAAAAUUUGACUUUCCCAAACAUUUGGCUUACGGGGUUUAAGCCCAAUUUGUGGGGCAGGGUUUCUGAGGGAGAAAAGGUCUAUGAAAAUUCCCAGUCAGAAAAAAGGGUUGCCCAAAAUGUUGAAAAGAAAAAAGAAAAAAAAUACAUCUGUAUAAAAAAUUACGCUAGGAAAAAAACAAGUGUUGCAAAGGGAAAACAAAAGGAAAUAAAACGAGCACCCGCUUGA